UUGCGAAACAUUACUCGCCACGCGAUUUACUCGCCUGCUAUCUGUUAUAUUGUAUCGUUAUUGCUGCAUUAUUUCAAAAUAUUGAUUACUUCUACGUGUUUAAAGUGAAGAAAAAACGUUUAAAAUGGAUUUUGAUGCAAACGCUUUGCAGGAUGUCACGGAACAGCUGAAAAAUAAUCCAGAUCUUGCAAGAAUGCUGAUAGAAGAACAACAGAAAAUGGAAGCGCAAAACCAAUUGAAGGUCAUCGUCAAUAAACUGACAUCAGACUGUUGGAAUAUAUGUGUUGAUAGAGUUGGAAACAGCCUUGGAAGACAAGAAACAUGUCUUACAAACUGUGCUGAAAGGUUUUUAGAAUCUGACCAGUUUAUAAGGCAGAGAAUGAGCUCUCAAAAACAGUAAUCAUUUUUGAAAAACCUAAUUACAUUUCAACCUUUUAGGAAAUUGAAAGUCAGGAUAAAAGCCUUUUUGCUACUUGAAAUUAUAUCCUCCUGAGAUCAUUAAUUGUUGUCUGAAUCCAAAAUAUUUAAAUAUGAGUGUAUUUUCCGUAUGUUCUGCGAUACUUAUGUCAGGUUUGGUCAGCUUCAUUCAGACUUUGACACGAUUGGGAACCACCAAGGCGUGACUGAUCAGAAUAUUCUUGCCUGAAAAUAAAUGUGUCAGUGCUGCUAUUUUUCGCUUUUUGACUCCCAGGUUAUUUUGAGAUCAAAUUGUGUUAAUUUAACUAAGCCAUUGUUGUCUUUUGAAAAAUAGCGUCUCCUAUAGUGUACAGUCUGACAGUGUACCACACUUGGAGACUAGACCCCAUUUUAUAAUUCCUCAUGGCCAUGUAAUUUUGUUGUCAUUUCCAAUCUGUGUUACCAACGAUCCGAUCAUUGUUACAAAAUGUACUUUCUGAGUUUGAAUCAGUUCUGAAUUAUUUUCCUGUAAUUUUCUUUUUGUGUCUUUUU